UAAAUGUACCUAGGUACCUACUGUGUCGUCGUGCCGUUGUCGGUCUUUUCUCUAAAUGUGUAGCUACAUAUAGUAGGUAUUAUUUGUGAAUCCAAGAAACAUGUAUAAUAAGUCUACGGAAUAACUUUAAAACUCACUACACUACAUUAUGUAGUACCUACCCUAUGAAUAUGCGUGAAUUUGGCAGAUUUGGCCCAUUAAUAGGUGCUAUUGAUGAAGGGACCUCCAAUGUGAAGUUUUUGAUAUUUGCCGCCAAUACAUCUGAAGUGUUAACAUACCAUCAAAUAUCACUCAAGAGAUUUAGCCCUCAGGAAGGUUGGGUUGAACAAGAUGCAUUAGAAAUUCUUGAUGCUGUUUUGGAAUGUAUAGAUGUGACAACAGAUAAUCUGAGAAAAUUGGAUAUAAACCCGGAAGAUAUUGUUGGCAUAGGUAUUUCAAAUCAAAGAGAAACUACUGUAGUAUGGAACUCUGACACAGGACAACCUCUCUAUAGUGCAAUAGUUUGGUUAGAUGUAAGGACAUCUAAAAUUGUAGAUGAAUUAGUCAAGAAUAAAGGAGCUCAAUGUGUAAAUGCUGUUGUGCGGUGUAGUGGGCUUCCACUGUCCACAUACUUUUCAUCAGUUAAGCUCAAAUGGCUGCUGCAAAAUGUAACAGCAAUCAAAGAGUCUGUGGUGAAUGGGAAUUGUAUGGCAGGCACUGUUGAUUCUUGGCUAAUAUGGAAUCUAACAGGUGGCAAUCUUGGUGGGAUUCAUGUGACCGAUGUUACCAAUGCAUCACGAACACAACUCAUGUCUCUUAAAAGUCUUAAUUGGGAUAAAGGCUUACUACGAUUUUUCGAUAUACCAUUGCAAAUUUUGCCCAAAAUUAAAAGUUCCUCUGAAAUAUAUGGUUAUAUUUCCACAGGGUCCCUUAUUGGUGUCCCUAUAGCAGGAUGCUUGGGAGACCAGCAAGCAGCGCUUGUAGGACAAGGUUGCAUGAGAUUUGGACAAGUAAAAUGCACUUUUGGGACCGGUUGCUUCCUGUUGUACAAUACGGGAGAUUCGAUAGUUUACUCUGAGAAUGGACUAAUCACUACUGUGGCAUAUAAACUAGGGCCAGAUGCCCCACCAGUAUAUGCUUUGGAAGGCUCCGUGGCAAUAGCAGGAGAUACAAUUCAAUGGCUGAAGGAGAGUCUCGAAAUAAUAAAUGAUGUGAAGGACAGUGAACAGCUGGCCGCUGAGGCGGAGGACGACGAGGAAGGCAGCGUCUCUUUCGUACCAGCUUUCAAUGGGUUGUAUACACCACACUGGAGGAAAGAUGCUAGAGGCAUAUUGUGCGGAUUGAGCAGCCGUACGCGGCGGCGGCACGUGGCGCGCGCGGCGCUGGAGGCGGUGUGCCAGCAGACGCGCGCGGCGGCCGCGGCGCUGCAGCGCGACUGCGCGCCGCUGCAGCGGCUGCUGGCGGACGGCGGCAUGGCGCAGAACUCGCUGCUCAUGCAGAUGCAGGCCGACGUCUUGGGCAUACCGCUCAUCCGACCCCUAAUGAUGGAGAGCACGGCUUUGGGUGCUGCGAUGGCGGCCGGGCGGGCGCUCAGUGUUUGGCCCGCGACCACUCCUGUUCCCCCAGCUGAUACAUUCUUACCAUCUAUAUCUAGCGAAGGUUUAAUGGCCUUUUAUGUUUAUUGUCUAGAAAGAGACAUCAGACGAGAACGUUGGGAAUCUGCACUUGAACGUUGUCUGGGCUGGACCAACGAUUCAGAUGGAAAAGUGAAACCUCAUCAAUCUGAGGAACCAGACAAUACAAUAGCGGCAUUACCUUCAGGAUUGUUUUUCUUGGGCACCGCGCUGUUGAUGGUCGUAGCUGAUAAAUUACAAGUUAUAUAGUCAAAGUUAUAUAGUCAAUAUUGAGCGGGCUCAAUCGUAGUUUUAGAUACAUACAUACCUCCAAAAAAAUUUAAAGUAUUAAUUUAUUACUUAUAGGUGAAUAAGUUGUUGUCCGUUGUUAAUAAAAGAUUUAAAAGUUU